AUGAGAGAUCAUCGGCUUUACGCUUCUGGAGUGAACGCAGCAAAGGUUUUUCAGUUCAGGGAGGCUGGAGGAAAUGUUGAGGGCAAAGAACGUAUCGCUGUACCUACAAAGCGCCUCUGGAGUAGAAUUGUGGGUGAUGAUGAUGGAGGAAAGCUCUUUACCCCUGAGGAAUAUGAAGAAUACAAAAGAAAAAUAUUACCAAUUCGGUUAAAGAACAGGUUGUAUGUGAGCUGGAGAUCACCAACUGGCAUGGACUGUAAACUUGUGGGGCCAGAGACACUGUGCUUUUGUACUCACCGAUAUAAACAGCAUAAAACAGACUAUGAAGUGAUUCCAGAAGAUCGUCCUAUUUGUGUGCCUUGUAGAGUAAGCCGUUGUCAAUGCCAGUCCUAUCACUAUGUUCCUCUAAAUGGCACACAGCCCAUUCGUUGUAGAUGCAAACAUUUUGCUGAUCAGCACAGUGCAGCGCCUGGAUUUACAUGUAACUCUUGUUCCAAGUGCUCAGGAUUUCAUAGUUGCUUUACCUGUGGAUGUGGUCAACCAACAUUUGCUCAUGAAACCGUAGUGGAAACUAAAGAAGAGCGAAUAGCCCAAGGAAAACCUGUGGGGCAGGAUGUUCCUUAUGCUGCUAUGGGAGGAUUGACUGGUUUUAGUUCACUAGCAGAAGGCUACAUGAGACUUGAUGACAGUGGAAUAGGGGCUCCUUCCACUGAAUUUUUAGAAUCUCCUCUUGCCAACAUGGAUCAUCCAUUCCUAAAAGCAUUUCAAGGACCCUCUAGUUCUGCUCAAACCAGCUCGCCGAUGACGGGUGGUUCUAGUGCUACAAUGCAAGUUUCUCACGAAAGGCAUUCGGAAGAAGAUGACAUGGCUUAUUUUGAAAAACGUUAUCAGGAAAGGCUGAAAAAAGAGAAGGCUGCUAAACAGAAAGAGAAAAGUCCAGCACAAUCAAAGAAGCCAUGAGAUUAAUGAAAAAGUUAUUAUAUAGCACAGUACUAUUUACCAUUAUAUUGAAGUAUAUUUCUCACUGUGCCUGCUUGCAUACUUUUAUUUCUUAAUUUCCUUAUUCUGCUCAAUAAAUUCUAUAUUUAACUAGACUGUUAUUUAAGCUCUGAGAGCGUAAGCAUACGUUUAAGUGUUUCAGUGUAAUAGGGCAAAUAAAUAUUGCAUGCCCUAUUCUUAGACUUCUGUGACACACUUUUUUAUUUUUUGUAGAGUCCUUACUCAUCUUGUUCAUGAAUUUUUACUUUUGGUAGGGUUUGUUAUGUUUAUUAACGUUGACAUUUCAGCUUUUCUUUAAAUUUUUUUUUUUCUGUUGGCUUCAUCUGCUUUGUAUAAAAUUCAAACGUACCCUCCUUCUCUCUCACUUCUGUAGGCUCUGUUCUUGCCAACAUAUAAAUAUUUUUUACAUUUGAUGUUCUGUACAGUGAUAAUCCCAUUUCCGCACAUACUAGCUAUUUGAAGGGAUCCUACUAUAUGCUUUAUCCCAGACCUCUCUAACAGGACUAUCCUCUAGAUUCUGUUUGACGCUGUCCAUAGCAGUGAUUUCCUAGUUCUAUGAUACUAAACUCUUGAACACAUUAAGUAGAAAUUGAUGUGCUAUUUACUGCACAUAAAGAAACAAUUAUAUAUCCUGUUUGAUAUAAACUUCUUUAUCUAAUGGAUUCUUUUGUAUCAUGUCCAAUCCAACACUGACUGUAAGUCCCUCAAGAUGGGAGGUGCUUUUACUUUCUUUGUGCAUAUUCACAGCUGUGGCAACAUGUGUUGUGUUAAAGGUAGUGGAGAGAAAAACUUAAAAUGUGGUGAAUUUAGAUGAUUUACAUCUGGGAAGCAGCACAGAAAGAAUAUAGCGCAGAAUACCUGCCUGAGGCUCCCAUGUGGGUGGAAGUAGGGGACAAGAGCAGACUCUGAGUUAACUUUGCUAGGCUCCCUCGAAAAUAGACAAAGAGGUGUAAGCCAAUUUGCCUUUAAAAAUACUUGAAGAUGUCUCAUGGAUUCAAGACUUUCCGGGUGGUAUGUGUGUACUGCACCUUUAUAGCAAGAGUUGGGAGAAGCUUGCAAAGCUCUGCUUCCCAUCAUAUGCAGUGACACCACUGGGCUACCUGCAUGUGCCCAACAGGUAGGGAAAAUGAGGGAAGGUUGAAUGAAUCGGGAAGGAAAGUUCUUGGGAGUGAGUGAGUUAUGCAGUGACUGAUGGAGGUGGCUGGAAUCCGAAUGGGAAGGGAAUACAGGCUAGGUUGCCCAAAUUAGAAUGGGAAUAAAGGUUAUUUACCUCCACUUACUCUCAGCUAUACUGUUAUUAGUGAUGUUAAUCAGAGAGGUUAAUUGGUUACCUUAAAUGCCAAAAUGUCUACUGAAUGUUUAAAAUGUACCUUUACCAUCAAAAUCUAUGCUAUUAUAUAGUGCUUUAAUAUAAUAAAUAAAAACAUUAAUUUGAGCUCCCUCUACUGGUUUUAAUAAGCAAUCAUUUCUGUAGAUCCUCUCCUUACUCUCAGAAGGAAAUGGGGAUUACGCAACAGUAUCACAAGAAACUGAAAAAUGUAAAUAGUAUUUGUAAAUAAAAAUAUAGGAAAAUAUUUUUAUUUUAUUCUUCAAAGAGAUUAUUACAACCCAAAUCGAGGAAGUUUAUUCUAAUAAUUUUGUGGGUUUUUUCCCCUCUGGCUAUGUUGAUUAGGGAAUGGAGUUCCAGAAACGUAUGUGGUACCUCACAGCAAGAUGUUGUUACAGUCAGAGAUCAUAGUAGUUUCUUCUUUCAAGUUACAAACAAUUUGUGUUUGUCUUUUAUUUUUAUACUGAUAACAUUACAUUCUACUUUUGGGAAAUCAUUUAUUAUGCUUUUAUUGAGAUUUUAUCUGAUUUUAUCAAAGCAAACAAAAAAAGUUUUGUGCUUAAACUUAUGUAAAGUUUCCAUUUGUAUGAUACUUGAAACAAAUGUUUUUUUUAUGAUACUUUUUUAAUGAUACUUUUGGGGAAAAUGUGGGGCCAUAAAAAUGUCAAGUACAAUACAUGUUGCUUAGGCGUUCUGCCCACUUCUCACCCCUGUUGAUGAGCUCUGAAGUAAAAAUUAGAAACUCAGUUUGUUACUAGAAGGCAUACAUGCGUACUUCUUGAUUCCUGAAUUUUUUGCAGAAUUGUUAAUGUCUAUGCAAUUUACAGGAAAAUACAGGUGCAAAAUGUUUCAGGCUUUUGCUUGCUGUAAAAACUUGAGACUGAUAUCUGACGUGAAAUUUGCAGAUGUAACUGGAAUGACCCUUAUUUAAAGUAAACAAUAAGAAAUUAUCCUUGAAAAAAAAAAAAAAGGUCAUUUUUCAGGAUCAAAAUUGCCACCUCCUAUUCUAUUGAAAAAUCUCUUCACCCUUCUAUUAAAAAAAUAAAGUAUUGAAAAGG